CGUUGCUUACCAACUUUCUUGAUCCUAGGCACCGGAAAUUGCCUGUUGGUGCCCCCUUCUCCUAGCAAAACGAUGUGUGAUUGCUGGCGAUAACAAGCAGCUGGGACCAACCGUUGUCUCUGACAUAGCAGUUUCGAAAGGCUUUGGUGGUAGCUUGAUGGACCGACUGAUGAAGCAGUUCGACCCAUCGAACUUUGUCAAAUUGCUUACUCUUCAGUACCGAAUGCAUGAAACCAUUAUGAACUGGUCUUCAAAUGCCUUCUACGAUGGAAAGCUAGUCGCGUACAAAUCAAACCGACAGCAUUUGCUAAGUGAUUUGCCGGACGUGCUUGAUUAUCCAGAAUUGGAUGCGCCAAUGUGGUUCAUUAAUACGGCAGAUUGUGACAUGUGCGAAACAGAAUCUGGGGAAGAUUCUUCAAAGGCGAACGCGGGUGCUUAUUUUUUUCAUAUCAUCAAAGAUAUCCAUGCUUUGCACUUCUUUUCUGCUUAUGCAUUUUAG